AUGCCACCCACAGGCGAUGACGAAGCAGCACUGUUGCGUUGGGACUUAACUUUUAAAAACGAAACCGAAGAGAGCCUAUGGUGGAAUGACCGGCUCAGCAGUGAACACAGGAAAACGGAAAAGGUGGCCAGCCUCCUGGGCAUCCUGUUCUCAGCAUCCAUGGUGCUGGUCAUGAAUGCGCCCUUGGUGAGCCUGUCAACAUCUGCCACGGUGGGCUUCGCGGGGGCCCAGGCGUUUCUGUGCUACGCCUGCCACCGGCGGGACGAAGGGCGGUUGUACGAGAAGGUGCAUGACGGCACCUGCAUCGCUCUGAGAGUCCUGCGGAUGAUUAUGAACUUCUUUCUGUGUGCCAGGCUCAGCGCAUCCUUCGACGGAGUGCUGGCUGACUGGCAGGUGUACCUCUUCAUGCUGGUCGGCCUGGGUUCGCACCUCGUCACGAUCCCUCUGACAUUUUGGGUGCGCUUCAAGCACCACAUAUGGGUGCAGGUGGCGGCCUGUGCAAUCCAAGUUGCGGUCAACAACCGGUACACCUGUGCCGUGUGUUUUGAUGAUAUUGACCCUCAGAAUAAGGAGGCACUCAUGCACAUGUGCGAGUUCCUGUUCGAGGCGUCCACGGGCCUUCAUAUACCUUGUGAGGCGACAGGCUUCAGGACGUCCUGUCUGAUGACAGGCACGUUCAUCCCCAUCGUUUUUGGUGUCAUCUUUACAUCGGCUAUUGUGUACGUGGGCGAAAAGGCAUCUCGGACGAGCUUUCUCAGCGUAAAGGUGUCAUAG